AGUGGAGUGUGAAGAUGUCGGCUGUGAGUUUCUCCUUGAGGCGCUCCGGUGUAGCGGCGAUGCGCUCCUCAGCUCUCCCAGCGAGUGCCCGGUACAUGCAGACAGCAGCAGCCGCUCAGCCACGCAUUAAGACGUUCCAGAUUUACCGCUGGGAUCCGGACAAACCCGGAGACAAACCGCACAUGCAGACGUACGACAUCGACCUCAACACCUGUGGGCCGAUGGUAUUGGACGCUUUGAUUAAGAUAAAGAACGAGGUCGACUCGACUCUCACCUUCAGACGCUCCUGCAGAGAAGGUAUCUGCGGUUCGUGUGCGAUGAACAUUAACGGUGGGAACACGCUGGCGUGCCUGAACAGGAUCGACACUAACACCAGUAAAGUGUCUAAGAUUUACCCUCUGCCCCACAUGUACGUGGUUAAAGACCUGGUACCGGACAUGAAUAAUUUUUACGCUCAGUACAAGUUGAUCGAGCCGUAUCUGAAGAGGAAGGAUGAGAGUCAGCAGGGGAAGGAGCAGUACCUGCAGAGCGUGGACGACCGACAGAAACUGGAUGGUCUGUACGAAUGUAUCCUGUGUGCGUGCUGCAGUACCAGCUGUCCCAGUUAUUGGUGGAACGGAGAUAAAUACCUGGGACCCGCCGUCCUCAUGCAGGCGUACCGGUGGAUGGUGGACUCUCGUGACGAGUACACAGAGGAGCGUCUGGCUAAACUGCAGGACCCGUUUUCUCUGUACCGCUGUCACACCAUCCUAAACUGCACCAAGUCCUGCCCCAAGGGUCUGAAUCCCGGGAAGGCCAUCGCUGAGAUUAAGAAAAUGAUGGCGACGUAUAAGGAGAAGAAAGCAGUAACUGUGUGAUGGUGGUGAUCUGUGAUGGAGAACUGAAAGCACAGAGAAAUCUGAUUGGUCAUUUCCUGGUCUUGACUUCAUCCUUCAGCUACACCCAGACACACACACAUAUACACACACACACAAACACCCUCACACUCCUGACAGUAUUUAUACAUGAGAAAAUUGCAUCCAUGCUGCAUUAGUUCAUCUGUUACAGCGCUUCGGAAGAGACAGACACAGUAUGUACGUAUGUACAGGUGUGUGCGCACGUGUGUGUGUGAGAGAGAGUAUGGAGAGGUGAGGUUGGGUGUGGUCCAGUCAAACAUAAAAUAUUAACACUUAUCACUUGUGGGAUAUACUGAUUAUAUGUGUAAUAAAUGAAUGAAGAA